UGACGAACUUUCACUGGGCUUGUGAACUGAUCAAAGAUUUGUCAAAGGCUGUCGUCAUUGUUUGCUCAACUGAGUGUUGCAUAAGUUCAUGCAUGCGUGUUAUAGAAAAUAUUGUUGAGUCUUGUGGCUUAAACGCUUACUACAUUUAAUGUAAACAACCACGACACAUAGGUUUUAAAUCCUAGUUUCUAGUACAAUAAAUGGUAGGUACAAACAAACUGCGCAUAUUCCACCUGCGACUGGUUUUGUGCGCCGCCGCAGUGACUUUGUAAGGCUGUUUGUAUUGUGUAAGUAUGCCCUAAGGACUAUGUUCUCUACCUGAAGAUAAGUCGACGGAAAAACCAUUAUGGAAAAAAAAUGCUAUUGAAGCCAACGAGAAUCUACUCUACACAUGUCCCUACAGCAAUACAUACAAACCGCAUCUACGGAGCAAACAUGCUAGCACAUGCUGUUAAACUCAAAUUUAGACUUUGACCCCAAGUCUUUCGUUUAUCUAUUGCCCAGUUUAUAUGUGAUAGUGACUGUAAUCCGGCAUCAGUAAAAACAAAAGCAUUGCCAGAACUCGUGACACAACCUUCUGGCUUCAGUACAUAACAGACUUUUUUAAGUGUCAGGACCCCUGAUAUAGGCCUUCCGACCAUCCCGUUUAGAACCGAGGGCCUGGGAAAGACGAUCAUGAUAGUGUGUUUGCGACGUCUUUAACAGCCACGUCUACAGAAGCGGACCACAUGGAUGGACUGAAGGAUCCAAAAUGGUCCCUGAGGGACCUGAACGAGAGGUUGAAAGGCUUCGUGGAGCACGUGCAUCUGUUGGAACAGGUGAACCGCAGACUGGAGGAGAACAUUGUGGAAUGGGGGAAGAGAAACGUCGCUCCUUCACAGGACUGGUGCGGCAAGGAGGCGCUGGCACGUGAACUUAGAGCUCAGGUUAGCAGGAUGCUGAUGGAAAACGCAGAGGUUUUGUUGCAAUCGGACGUCGUGAAAACCGAGGCCUUGCAUUUGAAAAACAGGUGUGAAACAGAGGAGAAAUUUCGUCGCGUGACAGAACAACAGGUGUCACAGCUGAAAUUGAAGAAGAAGGAGGUGGAGAUGACCAACAAACUUCUGGAGAACCAGCUGUCACAGUCCGAAAAGGAGUUCCAGCAACUUGUAAAAGAACAAGAGAAGGAGCUGGAUCAGCACCAGAGACGGGCAGUACUGGAGUCUGAUCGAGUGCUAGCGCAGGUUGCUGCAGGAGAGAAUGGCAGAGGAAUGGAUCUCUCCCGGACCAGCACCUGGUGCGACCACUCCAGUCCCGCUCAGAGCAGCCUUGACUCAAAUCGAGCCCCAGGAUCCGGCCCGGCAACACAGACGAGGCCCCGCAAGGAUGCGAACGGCCCCACGGCGCCGUUUCCUCUACAGGUGAGAGCAGGUGAAGGGGUCCUGAAGGAAGCCCGUGCCGAGCUCACGGAGGCCAGAAAGCGAUGGCACCGUCUGCAGGUGGAGAUCGAAUCGUUACACGCCUUGGAGAGCAGUCUUCAAAGCUCCUUACGUCACACACAGCAGCAGUACUCCACACAGCUCAAGGAUCUCUCGCGCUCCGUUGGGAGUCUGGAAUCGGAGUUGGAAACGGUACGGGACAGUUUGGUGGUCCAGCGGCAGAACCACAGCCAGCUCCUGAACACCAAGAUGAGGCUGGAGAGAGAGAUCGCCACCUACAGGAAGCUCCUGGAGCACGAGGAGGGCAGGUCGGGGGACGGGUUUUUAAGUUCAGAUGGUCUGGGACUGAAGCCGUGGAAGGGGUCUGUUUCCGCUCUGGAGCAAAACGGUCUGCCCAACGCAUGUGAUGAAGAAAUAGCUCAGACUGUUACCACAGAGGAGAAAACUCCAAAAAAAGAUUCAGGUGGAAACAAAGACGGCGAGAUCUGCACUGUAAAAACUCAGGAGAUUCUAGAAGGAAACGUUGUCAGAGAAAGUGCUGAGGGUCAUGGAAAAGUAGAGACGGAAAAGAUUGACAAAGUGAUCCGGCAAUGGGAGGGGUCAUUCUUUCAAGGAAAUCCCAAACUGAGAAAGAAAUCCGUGUCUUUGCGUUUCGACCUCCACAUGGCCGUGGCGGACGAGGGGUGUGGCCAGACGAAACAGGACAGUCUUCCCAACGUGGAGGUCCGUCUGGUCAUGAAACGGUCCCGCAGCAUCCCCACAUUCGCUCAGUGAUGUUGUGACCUCACAGUGCUGUUACAUAGCAGCGUCGCCACGACAACAUCUCAGCCAUGAAAGAAAGAUGAUGCCACAUGUGACAUCAACCAACCUUUGCUACAUGAGAGAAAUAAGCAUCACAUCGUCACUUAAAACCCAUAUACAAAACAAAUUCCUGCACAUAAAGCUAAUAUUCAGCCAAGUGAAUCUGUAAUUGAUUGAGUUAUGAAUAUUUUCACGUAAUCUAUUAACGCAUUUGGAUUGGUAGUACUUGGAAAGUAUAAACUAGUUUUGAGAAUGGAAAUGAAUAGGCCAAUGUCGAGCACUGAAAAGCCUUUAAUGUGGACACGGAUAAGAUUUAAACCUUCAGUGCAGCCUAAUGCAAGAUGCCUUUUUUCAUUUGACAAAUGCCACUGGAAAUCAUUUAACUCCUCAAUGAAUGCAAAUUCAACUAGAUCUGGUUCUGCGAGAAACAAAACAAAACGUUGCGAAAUUGCAAGUGUAGCAAAACUUGGCAGCCAAACCAGAAAAUGUAUGAAGGCAGUGUUUACUCUAUGCACGAUAUUGCCUGCAAUGACUUUGCAAAAUGAGUAACAGUAAAAGCAGACGGUCUAGAUGCUCAGAAUGAGAAGAUGAAACGUCAUUUGAACACAUGAAUAACCUCUGUAUUCAUACACGCUAUUACAGAUGAUUUAUGCUUUAUUUAAAGUGCGAAUACUGUGUUUUACCCAUUUAAUUAUGCAGGAUUAUUAUUAUAAAGAAAACCUGAAGUUUCCAUAUUUGAUAAAUGGGUAAGAUUAAAAAAGGCAUUUUUGAUCUGCAUAUAUUAUUAAUCUAAACUGUUAUGUUCUACCUCUGAAAGCAGUAUUGUAAAUAAAUGGGGAUCUUUACGAUGCAACAAUAAAAUAGAUAGACAUUAAUUAAGAUAUUUUCAAUCUGAUCAAUCUGACAUUUAAGUUGGUAUCAGCUCCAUUACAUAUUGGCUUUUUAUUUUCAUAUGCACAUUAUACACUCUAAAAAAAAAAUUGUGACUUUAAAAAGUGCCAAAAUAUAUAUAUAUAUAUAUAUUAUAUGAUAUAUUCAUUGGGUAAAAAUAGGAUGACAAAAUCUUAUCCUGCCCGUCUCGCGUGCACUUUAUUAGAUCUUCAGCAACACACGUCCAUUGAUAUCUUGUUGGUUUAGGGUGUUCAAUGAUUCCUUUUCACUGCAACAAAGGCUUUGAUGACAUUGUUGAUUUGUUUUUGUUACACAUGUUUUUUAAGCUGUAUUAACUCUGCCCUGCUUAAUGAUUUGGCUUAUAUUGUAUGACAGGUGCUAAUAAAGCUAUUCUUG